AUGCAACAAUUAUCUGUGGCCACAAAUGAGAACGCGCCGUAUAUGUCAGGUGUUAAGCGAUAUAUGAAUGAUAAAACACAAGCCAUUGAUGGCAUCGACGGACAAUCGGAUUUAGGAAUUGGUGACCUGAGUAUUUUGGACAGUCGUUUGGAGGCAGUGACUUAUAGUUAUACACAUUACACGAGUUCGUAUACCUUUACAACACCCGUAUAUCAGAGCAUCCACCUCUACGGACAGGUGGCCUAUCCUUCAAAACAACAGCCCAUUGAGACAAUCGAUGAAUUAUUUACGGCUCAAAUCAAUGGACAAAUUGAUCUAAUAUUAAAUGAGAAGAACCCAUAUGUGCCCACAAUUCGGAGAAUAUAUAUAAAAAUCUCGGAUAAAAACAGCUCAAAAAAUCUAUAA